UUUAUUAAUUUUAACUUACGAGAUGACUGAAAUAAAUCGAUAACAAAUAAUCCUAUAUAAUCUUUAUAUCAUCUUUAUUAGUUACAUAUUUUGGUUUGCCUGAGUAAUAAUAAUGCCUUUUUCUACCCUAAACCAGCAAGAUUGUUGUAGAAAUGGGCACCUUAAUUUGAAGUUUUUUCGAUUAGUCGGGAAACGAUUGAUCACCAUAUGUGGAUUUGCCAGGCAUGAGCCUAGAGUAAGGCCAUGGGCAGAUCUCCCCCCGGAGCUUCUAUCUUCUAUUGCAGAUCGUUUAACCAUAAUCGACCUUCUAAGUUUCCGUGGUACUUGCAAAGAUUUUCGUUCUGCUUCAUCCACUGCCUCAGCUGAAAUCGAGCUUUCUAGAUCUCCUUGGCUAUUGUUUCAUAAACCAAACACUUCUGAAUGCCACAUUUACAAUGAACACGAAUCCAAGACCUACAAACGCAACAUUCCAGAUCUUGAAGGCGCGACUUGCCUUGCAUCUUAUCAAGGAUGGCUCCUUGUAUUCAGAGAAGAAACACUUUUCUUCUUUAACCCCUUUUCUCUAGCUAAAAUCGCGCUUCCUGAUUUCCCCCACAAGCAAAUAGAUGGCCAUGUUGCCACGUUUUCUGACGUUCCUACGUCCCCUCACUGCAUAGUCUCUAUCGUUAACUCAACCGACGAGAACUAUGUUGAGGUUAACUUCAUUUCUAGAGGGGAAAAUGCGUGGACUAAAUACAAGGAACGGAAGCCCGAGAGUCUAAGCCACCCCAUUGUCACAACAACAUUUGAUAAGGAGAGUCAAACCUUCUACUACGCAGAUGCGGGGAAAUAUUUGCUUACAUUUUCGGUUAAAGAUGGCAAAUUUACUAAAUACAGAUAUGUGCAGCGUAACAUGACGGAGGGUGUUAAGCCUCUUAAACUAAACCUGCCUUAUAGAGUUUCAGAAAAUGUGUUUCGUGACACGUUUGAGAAGAAGAGAUGCCAACUUGAUCUUGAAGACGAUGAAUAUGUUGCUGCUUGUGGAUUAACAUACAAACUGCCUAAGACGAUGUCUUCUCAAGUUUAUUCAAAUGAAGCCGUGGAUGUUUCUGCCGCUAAAACUCGUGUACGCAGGGCAGUUUGGAUUCAACCACGAUUCUUUGAACCUGAUCCGAACCAUCAAUGGUGAUCGAACGUAUAUAUCAAGCAAGCUAAUUAAACCAACAUACAUGCAGUCGUAGUCGUGUGAUCCAUGCAUGUUAUUAAGUAACAUUACAAUUGUUGAGUACAUUUUUUUUUGGUACAAAACUUCAAUUCUAUUUUAGGAGUAGUACGCCGUUAUUUUCAAGGAUAUGAUUUUUUAUAGUGA